UAUCGAGCAGUCGACCAUCGCCAGCACACACUUGCAUGCGCUCGCCAUUGCAGCGAGUUGCGAUCCCAGCCCGAGUGUGCAUCGCAGCUCUGAACAAGACAAACAAUUACGCCGGUGAGGAUCGCAGGACAAUAUGAACCCGACCAAUGCAGACCCAGACGUGGACGGUGCCACGUCGGCAGCGUUCCCGACGCAGGAAAUCGCUGGACGCGAAAGACAGACAAUGGAGGCAUCCCCAGCCGUGACGGUGACCCCAGUCAUGUCCUCGGUAGCGGCAGCACCAGCAGGGACGACAGAGUCCAGGCCCUUAGUCCAGCAAGCCGGUUCCCACUCUUCCCACCUUUCCCACUCCCGGAAUAUUUCUUCCUCGUCCGCGCUGUCCACCCACCAGAGCAAGCAGGCUGAGUCCGGCACCACCGAGACCCACGCUGAGAAGAUCGAGCGGCCUGACGGAUCCAUGCCCUCACCCUCCCGGAGGUUGCGCCUGCCACAACACCUUCCGGUGGGGGAAGAGACAGCUCGCUUGGGCGCUCUGGCCGACUUCGCUACUUCCCCCGUCACCGCCCCGCCGUUUUCGUCCCGAGACUUGGCGAUCGAAGCCGUCGAUCCUGACGACGCAGACACACCCCGCCUCCAGGCCGGCGCAAACCCCGACCCAACCCAGCAUCACGCCCUUCCCGAGCCGGCCCUGCGCAGCGCUCGCUCGUCCAUCUCCGAGGCUCCCGUCAGCAACCGCAUGAGCGUCAGCUCCCUGUACAGCUUAGCAUCCGUCCGUGGCCUGCCCAGCUCCGCAGCAUCGGCCAACGGCAGCGAAAGCAAUAGCAUCACCGGCGUCCCCGGUCACAGGUCCGUAUCGAGCAUCAUGGGCUCAGUUGGCGGGCAAAAGAACUCCGCCGCCGCGCAAGCAGAGUCCGGGGUGACCAAUGCUGCCAUCACGACGAGCGGUCAGGAGGCGCACCCGCAACAACCAAGUGACGCGGUUAGGAACCCGCGGAAUGGGCAGCAAGCACAGCAGCAGCAGCAGCAGCAGCAGCAGAAUGCCGCGCACCCCACGCCGCGCCCGCAGCCUACUAGGUCUAGGAGCCGGGCUAAGCGCCGGUUCAGCGGGAGCACUGGCGCGAGCAGCCACAACAGCCCGAGCGGCGACCGCGGCGGCUCGCACCGACCCGAAAAGGAGGAGCACAAACCGGCCCCGUGGGGCGUCAUCGGUGUCUGCGCGCUGGACGUGAAGGCGAGGAGCAAGCCGAGCAGGAAUAUCCUGAACCGUCUGAUCCAGAACCGCGAGUUCGACGUCUGCGUCUUUGGGGACAAGGUCAUUCUUGAUGAGGAAAUUGAAAACUGGCCAAUAUGUGACUAUCUCAUCUCCUUCUACUCCGAUGGCUUCCCGCUGGACAAGGCCGUCGCCUACGUCAAGGCUCGCAAGCCCUUCUGCGUCAACGACGUCCCGAUGCAGAAGAUCCUCUGGGACCGCCGCCUCUGCCUGCGCCUGCUCGACCGCAUCGGCGUGCCCACGCCGCAGCGCAUUGAGGUGAACCGCGACGGGGGCCCGACGCUGCUGACGCCGGAGAUAUGCAAGCACAUCCGGGAGGUCAGCGGCAUCGUCUUCGAGCCGAGCGACUCCGAGACGGAGAAGGCCAAGCGAGCGGCCCCUCGCAGGGUGGAACUGCUCGACGGCGGCGACAUCCUGUCGGUCGACGGCAAGCUGAUCAAGAAGCCCUUUGUCGAGAAGCCAACCAGCGGCGAGGACCACAACAUCAUCAUCUACUUCCCCUCGUCCGCCGGCGGCGGCGCCCGCAAGCUGUUCCGCAAAAUCGGCAACAAGAGCAGCGAGUUCGUCGAGGGCCUGACGGUGCCGCGCGCCAUCACCCAGCCGAACGAGAGCUACAUCUACGAGCGCUUCAUGCAGGUCGACAAUGCCGAAGACGUCAAGGCCUACACGGUCGGGCCGGCCUACUGCCACGCCGAGACGAGGAAGUCGCCCGUGGUCGACGGCAUCGUGCGCCGCAACACCCACGGCAAGGAGGUGCGCUACGUGACCGCGCUGAGCAACGAGGAGAAGGAGAUCGCCAGCAAGAUCAGCACCGCCUUCGGCCAGCGCGUGUGCGGCUUCGACUUCCUGCGCGCCGGCGGCAAGAGCUACGUCAUUGAUGUCAACGGCUGGAGUUUCGUCAAGGACAACGACGACUACUACAACCACUGUGCCAGCAUUCUCAGGGAGAUGUUCAUGAAGGAGAAGCUGCGCAGGGACGGCCGGACCCCGCCGCCCAUCCCGUCGCCCGCGAUUUCCGACUUGGACCCUACUAUGUCGGCCCGCACGAGCCAAGCGAUCAAGGACAAGGAAAAUGCUUCGCAGGGCCGGCCGAGCGUCGAUAACAAGUCGGCCCGCGAGUCCCUCGUCGAGCCCGUGGCGAACGUCAAGCCCGAGUCCAAGAGCGCGAGCAUGCCCGCCAGUCCGCUGGUCGGCCACUUCUCGGCUUCCUUGCAGGACAGCGCGCCCUCUACAGCGCCGUCGGCCAUCACGUCUGCUACGCCAUCCACGCUGCUCGAGACUGCUACGCACGACGAGCAGGAACCGCCCCCGCCUCCGCCGCCCAAGCCCAGCUGGAAGCUCAAGGGCGUGGUGUCCGUCAUCCGCCACGCGGAUCGCACGCCCAAGCAGAAGUACAAGUUCACCUUCCACACCGCGCCGUUCAUCGAGCUGCUCAGGGGACACCAGGAGGAGGUUCUCCUCAUCGGCGAGCCCGCCCUGGCGAGCGUCCUUGAUGCCGUAGACCAGGCCAUGAGGGAGGGCAUUGAGGACCGCGCGAAGCUCAGGGCCCUGCGCAACGUCCUGAUCAAGAAGGGCAGCUGGGCCGGCACGAAGGUGCAGAUCAAGCCCAUGUUCCGCAAGAAGGCGGCGCCAAAACCGGCCGAUGCGCCCCAGGACGACGCCCCUAAGGAUGACGGUCCGGCCCAGACCGACGAAGACGCCGAGAAGAAGGACGGUGGCCAGUCGGCUCCUCGCAAGAAGGCGUCCAAGAGGCACGACUCGCUCUCGGGUGUGACCAUGUCCAAGUUCACGGCGGCCGAGGAGAGCCUCGUGCUUGAUAAGCUGCAGCUGAUCGUCAAGUGGGGCGGCGAGCCGACGCACUCGGCCCGCUACCAGGCGCAGGAGCUGGGCGAGAACAUGCGCAGCGACCUGGGGCUGAUGAACCGCGACGUGCUAGACGAAGUGCACGUGUUCAGCAGCAGCGAGCGGCGCGUCGUGACGAGCGCGCAGAUCUGGACCGCGAGCUUCCUUAAGAAGACGGACCUGCCCGAGGACUUCAUCACGAUCCGCAAGGACCUGCUCGACGACUCGAACGCCGCCAAGGACGAGAUGGACAAGGUCAAGAAGAAGCUCAAGGGCCUGCUGCGCAAGGGCAACGAGCGCCCCCCGCAGUUCGCCUGGCCCGACGGCAUGCCCGAGCCGUCCGAGGUGCAGACGCGCGUGGUGCAGUUGAUGAACUUCCACCGCAAGGUGAUGCACCACAACUACGCGAAGCUGUACAGCGGCGCCGUGACCCCGCUGGCCGGCCUCAACAACCCUAGCGUGGAGAAGGGCGUCGGCGAGGGCGGGUCCUCGGGGGUGUCGACGUCGUCGCUAGCCUCGGCCGCCGGGUCGUCGCUCUCGCAGGCCAACGCAGUCAACAGCAUCCAGGCGCGGUGGUGCUGCGGCGAGGACGCCGAGCUCUUCAGGGAGCGGUGGGAGAAGCUGUUCGCCGAGUUCUGCGACGGCGAGAAGGUGGAUCCCAGCAAGAUCUCGGAGCUGUACGACACGAUGAAGUUCGACGCGCUGCACAACCGGCAGUUCCUCGAGUGGGUGUUCACCCCGCCCAAGCACAUGCUCGAGGAGGAGUACGGCAUGUUGCUGAACGCGAAGGAGAGCAAAACGUCGCCACCCCCCGCCAAGGAUGCCGAGGAGGCGGCGAACGGGUCCUCCGGCAACGGGAGCGACGAGAAGCACGCAUCGUCGGGGGGCCUGGGCGAGAAGAUCGAAAACUCGAGCCACAAGGCUGUCAAGCGCAUCUUCCGCCGCCGAUCGUACCUCACCGGGCUGCGCAACGGCGGGGAGGCGGAGCCGCCCGAGAAGUACUUCCACCUGUACAAGGGCAACAGCCAGACCAAGGCCAAGACGGACGCCCGCUUCGAGCCGCUGCGCGAGCUGUACCAGCUCGCCAAGGUGUUGUUUGACUUCAUCUGCCCGCAGGAAUACGGCAUAUCCGACAGCGAGAAGCUCGAAAUCGGCCUCCUGACCACGCUCCCCCUGCUGAAGGAGAUCGUGCAGGACCUCGAGGACAUGCAGGCGUCGGACGAGGCCAAGUGCUUCAUCUACUUCACCAAGGAGUCGCACAUCUACACGCUGCUCAACUGCAUCCUCGAGGGCGGGCUCGAGACCAAGAUCAAGCGGGCCACGAUCCCGGAGCUCGACUUCCUCUCGCAGAUCUCCUUCGAGCUGUACGAGAUGCCGGCCAACCCGCCCGUCGACGCCGAGGACAGCCCCGCGUUCAACUACAGCAUCAAGAUCACCAUCAGCCCGGGCUGCCACAUCUUCGACCCGCUCGACGUGCAGCUCGACAGCAGGCAUUGCAUCGGAUGCGCGCCGCGCCGGAGCCUGACCGCCCACCAUGACUGGAAGGUGGUGAUCGAGACGCUGAGAGCCAAGUUUCACCAGGUGAAACUGCCCAAGACCUUCCUGGCCGUCAACCUCUCGGACGCGUUCACCUUCCAGGAGAAGCAGCACCUGAGCGACACCGAGGGGCACGAGCUGCGGCCGGCCGAGCAGGGGCAGGAGCAGGAGCAGCGCGCCGCCGAAUCGAUCAUCGACCCGACCGCCACCGCUGCCGCUGCCACCGCCACCAUCCCAGAGGUGGCCGCGGACGCGCUCGCCGCCGAGGAGAGCACCGUUAGCUCGUCGCCGCAGGACCCACCUGAGCCUGAGGGUGAAGGGGGAAUUGCCGGCGGGAAUUGAUUCAGAAGGGAAAAAACAGAAUCCUGCUUGGGAAGAUCGGAGAUCGGUCCGACUUGGCGUGUGUCUGGCGAGCAGCCCCUCCGCGGGGACCCGGC